UCGCAUCCUCUUUCUUUCCCGUUCGCUGAGUCGCACGCGUCGCACUGAUUUUUGUCCGCUUCGAGCUUGAUUUAAUUGGCUGAAAAUGUCCGAGGGUGUUGUAGAAUCCAAUACUGAGCAGGGUCAUCUUCCUCCCCAGCAGCAGCAGCAGGAUGAAGAGAUCUGGGAGGAAGAGGGCGCAAUCACGAUGCCGGCCCAACCGGCCAACGAAUGGCCAGAAAUCAAGCUCUUUGGUCGCUGGGCCUGCGACGAUAUUUCCAUCAGCGAUAUCUCGCUGCAGGACUACAUUGCGGUGAAGGAGAAAUUUGCACGCUUUCUGCCGCACUCCGCUGGACGCUAUGCGGCCAAGCGUUUCCGCAAGGCCCAGUGCCCGAUCGUGGAGCGUCUGACAAGCGGCCUGAUGAUGAAGGGCCGCAGCAACGGCAAGAAGCUACUCGCUUGUCGCAUCGUCAAGCACGCCUUCGAGAUUAUUCACCUGCUGACCUCGGAGAAUCCCCUGCAGGUCACCGUCAACGCGAUCGUCAACUCUGGGCCGCGCGAGGACUCUACGCGCAUUGGACGGGCCGGAACUGUGCGUCGCCAGGCCGUCGAUGUGUCGCCCUUGCGGCGCGUAAACCAGGCCAUUUGGCUGAUUUGUACUGGAGCUCGUGAGGCUGCCUUCCGUAACAUCAAAACCGUGGCCGAGUGCCUGGCCGAUGAGCUUAUUAACGCCGCCAAGGGGUCUUCAAACUCGUAUGCCAUCAAGAAGAAGGAUGAACUGGAGCGCGUGGCCAAAUCGAAUCGUUAAAUGCCGAUUCUUUCACUUCUUUCACCUUCCUACAUAAGGCCUUAUGUAACCAUUUAACCUUCUAACUGAUAAUACAAAAUUGUAUUUCAAA